AUGAGGGAAGGGUGGCACAAUACGACUACGAAUAAGGCUGUUGCGAUAUCGGGCAUACUAAUCAUGAUCAGUAUAGGCGGCUUCAACUUUUUUGGCCUCAGUGUCACUCGAUCUGUAUCUGCCACUUCCCGCAGCACCAUCGACACGUGCCGCACUCUCUUCAUUUGGAUGAUAUCUCUUGGUCUUGGCUGGGAGUCCUUCAAGUGGCUUCAGGUAGUUGGCUUCGCUAUGCUUGUUUACGGCACUUUCCUUUUCAACGAUAUCGUCAACCCUCCUCUGAAAGCCUGCGUACCGACACACAGGCCAAGGGAAGAGCUAUUUCCGGAAGAGCCCAUCGAACAUAUCUAA